AUGGCUCCUGCUUCGAAAAACAAGCAAUGGAUCUCCGCUCAAGAUGGUCUCGAAAACCUCAAACAAACAGAAUCAGAAAUGCCAGUUCCAGGUGAUGAUGAAGUGCUUGUGCAAAUUAACACUAUUGCUUUGAAUUAUCGGGAUACAGAGGUUGUGAUGGGGUUAUAUAAUCAUCACAAAACCACUGGCGGUCCUACAAAAUCCAUAGUCCCCUGCUCAGAUAUCUGCGGCACAAUCGUAAGCUCCAACUCCUCAACUUGGAAAUCAGGUGAUCGCGUCCUCAGCAUCUUCAACCAAAGCCAUCAAUCUGGACAAAUCGUCGCCGAGGAUAUGAAAUCCGGCCUCGGAUUACCACUCGAAGGCUGUCUCCAAGAAUACCGCGUCUUUCCCGCUUCAGGUCUUGUGAAAAAGCCAGAUUAUCUAACCAAUGAGGAAGCGUGUACGCUUCCCAUUGCUGGGUUGACCGCGUGGAUGGCGUUGAAUGGGAUGAAACCGAUGGGAGAUUUGGAUGCAAAGGGUCAGACGGUACUUAUUCAGGGGACUGGGGGUGUUGCGGUUAUGGGUUUGGUUUUGGCGAAGGCGUUGGGUUAUAAAGUAAUCAUAACCUCAUCCUCCCCGACCAAACUCACUCACGCCACAGAGCUCGGCGCAGAUCACACCAUAAACUACAGCACCACAAAAGACUGGGAUUCCUCAGUUCUCUCCUACACCUCCGACAAAGGCGCCGACAUUAUCUUUGAAAACGGCGGCGCUCUCACCCUCCGCCGCUCCUUCAACUGCGUCGCUUUCGGCGGCCUCAUUAACUGCAUCGGCUAUCUUUCUGGCAAAGAAGAUGCCCCCGGGGAUAGACUUAAUACUAAUGUGCUUGCUUUAAUGCGGAACGUGACGUUGAAAGGCAUUUUGAAUGGUCCAAAGGAUCGAUUUGAGGAGAUGAAUCGCUUUAUGGAGGGGAAGAGGGUGAGGCCGGUUGUGGAUCGUGUUUGGGAGUUUGGGCAGGCGAAGGAGGGACUUCAGUAUUUGUUUAAGGGGGGGCAUUUUGGGAAGGUUGUUAUUAAGGUUGCCUGA